AUGGUACCGCGAAGGAUAGCUGCAAGAAUCACAGGCCCGACAAAAAGUGCGGACAACGCCCUUGAGGAGACCCCGCGGGCAGCGGCCUCUAGCCUCCGGCCCGUCAUCUGCUUAGAAGACGCUCUCGUGGACUGCGGCCCAGUGGAGCAUCCGUAUCCACCAGGCCCAGUGCGCCUUGAGCUCAAUCAGUGGGGCACCCACUCGCAAGUGCCCAUGCCACUUGAGAGGUCGGAGCUUCCGGUUUCAAACUUGUCCAGAGUGCCAGCCGCCCCUGUGCUGCCAGCUCCCCUCGAGCCCGCCCCUGGGUCUCCGGAGCUGCCGAGCAUCGGAUCCAAGGGGCACCACCGUGGGGACUGCCGGCCAUGCGGCUUCCUCUACGCCAAGGGCUGUAUCAACGGGGCCAUGUGCACCUUCUGUCAUUUGUGUGACCGUGGGGCAAAGAAGCGUCGCCAGAAAGCCAAGAAGGCCGCAUUGAAAGGCGGCGCUUGA